GCGCCUGGGUCUUGGCAGUAUGGGGCCAAGAAGCUGUGGACCUCUCGCCUGAGUUCGCAGAAGACUGCCAAGCAGGAUCCUGCACUGAGCACGAAGACGCAGCGCUGCUCCAGAAGCCUGGCGGCGGGAAGCCCAGUCACACGAAGGACAAGAAGCACCCAGUGAAGAAGACGCCAGAUCCAAGCUACAAAAUCACGAUUCCAAGCAAGAAGCCUGGUAAUUCGAAGGACGAAAAGUCUCCGGGAAAGACGAAUCCAGGCAAGAAGCUCGGUCACACGAAGGACAAGAAGGACAAGAAGUCUCCGGGAAAGAAGCCUGACGUUGACAUCACGAAUCCAGGCAAGAAGCUCGGUCACACGAAGGACAAGAAGGACAAGAAGUCUCCGGGAAAGAAGCUCGGCCACACGAAGGACAAGAAGUAUCCGGGAAAGAAACCCGGCAAGAAGCCCGGUCACGGCAAAAGCAAGAAGGGCCCAGGCAAAAAGCCCGCGUAUCACAAGACCAUGGCGAAGGCAAGGAUGUCCAUGCCGGCGCAAGAAGAGGAUCAGACCGAGGCCCCGCAGGCUCCUGAGGAGUCGGAGGUGCCUGACUACUACGAUCCCAGCUUCGAAGUGCCCGCAGAGGGUCAGGAACAGCCGGAGUCUGAAAUGCCUGAGUCUGUCUGA